AUGACUCUCAUGAAUCUGACCACUGAAAUCAAAAAUAUAUCGAAGAAACACAAUAUGAUAAUGUCAGUCAUAACCGAAAAUAUUGAUGAGAUGAAGAAAUUAUCAGGCCAGAUGAAAAAAAUCAAUAAGGAAGCCAUCCAACCAGAUUCUUCAAUAAAUUCUAAUUUCAAUUUUCCACUAUCCAGUGUGGAAGAAUUUGUGAAACUGGAAGAAUAUCUCACCGAUGAAAAACAAUUCAAUUCAACAGUGAUUGAGAUCGCAAGAAUGGGUGGCGCUGAUAUCUAUGAUUUCGUCAAAAGAUCACUCAGUUGGGUGAUGAAAAAUUCACUAUUGAUGAAAUAUACCUGGUAUGGCACAAAAGACAAAAGUGGCCUGAUCACCACAAAGUUUGGUCAAGUUAUAAUAACAUCAAGACCAUCCAUGGAACAAAAUCACAACACAACUGUUUUUUCACCUAAUGAAAGAACACUUGUGCAAGAUCCUGAAGAGCCCCUAUAUACAUUCAAAGAGCUCUUCAAAUAUGUGAAAAGAAUUGAAACGCUUGUGAAGUCUUCUAUCACACAAACUGAAAUAUUUUCUGAGAAAUUGGAUUUAGUGACAAAUUUAGUUCAAAGGAAUCUCGAAAGAAACUUACCCAAUGACAUAAAUACACAGGAGAAUAUGACAGUUGAGUCUGUUUCAACUGUGGACGAUCUGAGAGAGCUCAAAAAAUAA